AUGUCAUCAUCAAUAAAACAUCUUGUUGUUAUAAUUGAUCUUAAUCCAUUUUAUUGGUCUGAUAAAGUUUCAUCAUCAACAACAUUAAAUUUUAAACAAUAUCUUAAAAUAAUAAUUCAAUUUUGUAAUGCAUAUAUUGCAUUUGAUAUAAAUCAUCGUUUAACAAUAAUUGGUUGUUCAAAUACUGAAACAUGUUUUCUUUAUCCUGAUCUAACAAAUGAAUCAUUAAUUAUUCCAACAGUAACAAAAACAAAUCUAUUUGAACAAUUAUUUGUUAUUGAUCGUGUUGUAGAAAAUAAUCUUAAAGAAUUUAUAGAAAAUUUUUCACCUUCACAUACAUUAUCUGGUUCAAUGAUAACAAUGGCAUUAACACAAGCACUUUGUUAUAUAAAUCGUCUUCUACGUGAUACAUUACCUGGUGAAAAAAAUUCAUUUAGAAUAUUAAUUAUUCAAACAACAACUGAUACAUCAAAACAAUAUAUGAAUUUUAUGAAUGCCGUUUUUACAUCCGAAAAAAUUAAUGUACCUAUUGAUGGUUGUAUACUUAAUAAUGAUUCUAGUCUUUUACAACAAGCUUGUAAGUCGAGAAAAUCAAGACGAUAG